UUUAGAGCAUUUUACAGCAUUUUAUUAAUAAUAAGUGGAACGUAAUUUAAUAAGAGAUAUAAUAUACUAUAUUUUUAUCAUUUAUUUUAAAAUUUAUAUGUGCAAUUAAUUGUGUAAAUUUUGAAAUUUUAAUUAAAAUAUUUUUAUUGAUAUAAUUUUUUAAUUGAAACAUUUAAGACUUUUUUUUGAAAUCCUUAUUACAUAUAUAAUAUGGAUACAACUUGGGAAGAUUUUUAUGCUAUCCAUCCACCACCUCAAGAUUUUGAUCAGAGUGAAAAAUUAUUAAAAGCAUUUGUACAACGACAAUUGAAAAAAAAUAAUAUGGUUGUAUUAAUAACAAGUGGUGGGACAACAAUACCUCUAGAAUGUAAUACAGUAAGAUUCGUAGAUAAUUUUAGUGCAGGAACAAGAGGAUCUGUAUCUGCAGAAUACUUUCUAGAAAAGGGAUAUUGUGUAAUUUUUGUGUAUAGAGCUAAUUCCUUGGAACCAUUUUCGAGACAUUUUAAGGGACAGAAAAUUUUAGAUAUGAUAGAAGUCAAUAAACAAAAUGAAAAAUGUAUAGUUACAGUUUUACCACAAUAUACAGAAAAUUUGGUAAAAAUGUUUUAUAAAUACAAAGAAUCUUUAAAUCAAGAUAAAUUAUUACAAAUCACUUUCACUACUCUUUCUGAGUAUCUUUGGCUUCUUCGGUCUGCUUGUCAAGCAUUAGCGCCUCUUAAAAAUAAAGCAAUUUUAUAUCUUGCAGCUGCAGUUUCUGAUUUUUAUAUUCCAUCUAAUGAAUUGGCAGUUCAUAAAAUUCCUUCUACUGGACCACCAACAAUAUCUCUUCAAUUAGUACCAAAACUGUUAGCUCCUCUUGUAAGUUUAUGGGUUCCAGAGGCUUUUGUAGUAUCUUUUAAAUUAGAAACUGAUGACAAUCUUCUAAUUUCAAAAGCAAGAAAUGCACUAAAUAAAUAUAAACACAAUUUAGUUAUAGCCAAUGUAUUGCAUACUCGAAAACAGAAAGUAGUAAUUGUUAGUCAAGAGGACAUGUAUAUUAUUUCUCUUACUAAUGAACAAUUAAAUAAAGGUGAAGAAAUUGAGCAAUCGAUUGUUAAUAAUCUCAUUGAAAAACAUCAAAUUUUUAUACAAUCUACUGUGACAUCUACUGAACAAUGUGAGUGUUGACGAACAUUUUGCUUAAUAUUAAAUUAAUAAAAUGCAUUUUAAUGUAUUGAAUGAAUAUUAAAUACAACAUUGAAUAAAUAUUAAACGAUUG